AUGCUGAUUGAUAAUCACGCAGGUAGCCUGGAAUCGCGAUUCUUCGUCGACGAUGGGAUCUGGAGAGACGCACCACUUUUGACAGGUCAGACGUCCUUCGAGCCUUUGCCUGAUGUCAAAAAUAUCCUGGUGACUGGAGGAGAAGGAUUUAUUGCUUCUUGGCUGGUCCGACAUCUGGUUGUCAAGUACCCCGAUGCGUACAAUGUUGUCUGCUUCGACAAGCUGGACUAUUGCAGCUCGUUGAAUAAUGCUCGAAUGCUCGAGGGUCGACGGAAUUUCAAGUUCUUCCAUGGAGAGCUCACCAAGCCCGCCGAUGUCUUGAGGUGCGUCCGCAAGUAUAACAUCGACACCAUCUUUCACCUUGCGGCACAAUCGCACGUGGACUUAUCCUUUGGGAAUUCAUACAGUUUUACCGUCAACAAUGUGGUUGGGACACACGUGCUGCUAGAGACUGCAGUGGCUGUGAAGACGGUCAAGCGGUUCUAUCACAUAUCCACAGACGAGGUCUACGGCGAAGUCGCGAUGGAUGCUGCAGAUCUGACCGAGCACAGCAUCCUGGCACCAACCAAUCCAUACGCAGCCAGCAAAGCGGCCGCAGAGAUGUAUGUCAGAGCAUACGUACAAAGCUUCCAACUGCCUGUGGUGAUGAUCCGCUUGAACAACGUAUACGGGCCUCAUCAAUUCCCGGAAAAGGUGAUUCCCAAGUUCAUCAACUUGCUGCAGCGUGGCAAGCCACUCUGGAUCCAUGGUGAUGGGCAGAACACAAGGAGGUACCUCUAUGCCGGGGAUGCCGCCGACGCAUUCGACACGAUCUUGCACAAGGGUGAGAUGGGGCAGAUCUACAACGUCGACUCGCGAGACGAGAUGUCCAAUCUGGGCCUGGCCGGGCGACUGUUGGAAUCGUUCGGGGUGAGCGAUACGCCGAAUGCAAUCCAGCACACCCGAGACCGUCCAUUCAACGACAUGAGAUAUGCCGUCGAUGGCAGCAAGUUGCGCAAGCUCGGGUGGAGGCAGAAGGUGUCAUUCGAAGAAGGGCUGGCGAACACGGUGGCAUGGUAUGGCAAGUUUUCCGGGUGGUGGGGCGAGAUAGAAAACAUCCUGGCUCCGUUCCCGGAAGUCAAGCACGAUGGCCAUGGCGAUGUUGGCGUGGAAGAAGACGGCUUUGUGCAGGAGAAGCAGAGGGCGCGAGCAUCAUGUCUACAGCAGGCCAACGUAGGCGCGCCGAUUUACGACCCGCUUGGGAAGGGGAAUUUGCAGACGGCCAAUGGCGGGGGGAGAAAACGGAAGGCUGAUGCGCUGGAUGAGGAAUGA